CUUUGUCUGCGCCCCUGAGCGGUUGCCAUUCUGUUCAAUUGUACCAUACUGCACACAAUAUCGUGAAAUUGUUUAUAUUUUAAAAUCGCAGAAUGCCCAAAGAGGAUUGUAAAUACUGGGACAAAUGCUAUCAGCGUAAUCCCGCACACCUUUCCAAGUUCAAUCAUCCAGAGAAGACGGAGGAAAAAGACAAAGACAAAAAAGUGGCGCCAAAAAGAAGUGCAUCCGCGCAACCAGAGGAAAAAGCUAACCCCAACGAAAGCAGCUCUAGUACGGAGAGCGGUAAUAUGGAGGAUCAGCAGGAGCAGGCCAGGGGCAGCUACGAAACAGAAACGGCGGAGCUGCAAAAGGAGGCCCUGAGCAAUAUUUCUGGCAAGAACUAUAUGGAGAUUCUGGAGAAGCGGAUCCGGUUAUCCGUGCAGCAGGAGUACGACAACCUCUGUGAGACCAACGAGUUCAUCAGGCACAAAUUUCUGGUCGAAAUGCCACCGGAUUUCUACGAGUUCUGGAAAUUUGUGGGAACUCUGAAAACCGAUACCUCAAAACCCAAGACUGCCGGUCUGGAGCAUCUCGAUAAAGUAUUCCAACUGCAGUUGGUGGGUCCCUUUGAGUUCCUCGCUGGAAAAUUUCACGGAGCCAAAAUGGGGGAACCGGGCGAUUACCUCCGCCACUGGCGCUUCUACUACGACCCGCCGGAGUUCCAGACGAUCUUUGUGCGCCGGGGCACUGGGAUUCACUAUGGCUAUUGGCGCGACGUGCCGCAGGACAAGGAGAACCUCUUAAUCGCCCGCAACGACUCCGCCAAGGGCUGCGAAUUCGAGUUUGUGGCUGGAAACAUUUUCGAUGCGUUCCUCUACUUUCUGGAGCAUGAUUUUUUGGGUACUCCGUUCACCACCGGACAGUUAAGUGGGGCCAAAAAGGCGGUGCCGAAGUACUUGAGCGACCAUUCCCUGGAACUACCACAGCUGGACCGAUUGCAGCGGGAACGCAACAAGCGGGUGGUAGCCAAGACGUUCCACCGUGCCGGAAUUGUGGUGCCCUUCGAUCGGAAGACGCAGGUGGGCUACCGUGCGCUCGCCGUCAGUGAUGCCGAGCUCAAGAAGAUGCUGGCCCUACUGGAGCACAAGGAUAUUGAUGGUCAAGCCGCCAAACAGGCAGUUUUGGAGAAGCUGCAGCCGGUGGCUAAUGCCGCCAUCAUUGCCGUCGAUGAAUCCGACUUUGGCAGUGCUUUGGAGCUAGGUACCGACCUGUUCAGCAGCGGCCACAAGGAGCUGCACAUGUUGGCGUCCUCUCUGCUGGUGCCCGCCUAUUCUAUGUUAUCCCGCCCGCAGUUUAUCGCCAUAGCCAAGGCGCACAUGGAGCAGCGUAGCCGGGAGGUGAACCUUUGCAUGUUUGAAGUACUAAAGUAAUUCGAUUUUUUAUUCCGCAACCUUUUUAUGAAUGAAUUAAAACUAGAAAACACCAGCCAAAA